AUGCAGCAAGCGUCACACGACUACAGCAAGUGGGACAGGCUGGCGCAAGCCUUGGAUGACGAGCACGACGAGGACCCGAUGACCUGGCCGGUCUGCCAGGAGAUCCCGUGGAACACGGUCGGGCCUCUGGUGGAGCGUGUCCUCGACGAGCACUUCGGGCCCGAAAGGAAGGCUGAAGAACAGCCAGGGCCCGGGCCGAUCCGUGGCGUGAGAAGCCUCGCGGAUCCAGGCCGAGGAGCUCGUGUGGACCUCAAUCUGGUGAGCUCGAUGAAGAACCUGGGAGAUGAGGCCUUCGAGAAGCAUGACUUCGACAAGGCCUUGUCGGCCUGGCAGUCAGCAGCAGAAGCCGCGCGCCAGAUUGGUGCUCAGGAUAUAUGGCUUGCGCUGAUGUGCGAGGUGUCCUCUCUGCAACAGCAGUGCGGCAAGCUUCAACAGUCGGAGGCCACAGCGACGGCGAUGCUCGCUGAGGUGCCUCAACACGGCCGUGCACUGCUGCGGCGCGGCCUCGUGAGGGAGGCGCUGGGCGACCUACUCGGAGCCAAGCAGGACCUUUCCCACGCGGUGGCCGAUAACUUCAUGGACCUGCAGGCUCAGGACGCCCUUUCUCGCAUAGAGCAAAGACUCAGCGAGGAAAGACGGUCCGAGAACGCUCUAGACUUGGAAGACCUGGCGAGUCGCUACGACACUCAAGUCCUUCGUGAGUACUUGCUGGAGCAGGAGGAAGGCAGUACGAGACAGCGGCAGGCUGAGGAUGCGGAGCAAGCAACGCUGCCAGAUGUCUACGAUCUUAGACAACGGUGCUUUCGAAGGAUACGUGUUCUGCUGGUGGUCAACUUCCUUGCGUACUGGUCCACUCUGAGCUAUUGUGGGUACGCUUACUACCUUCGAGUCGAAGAAGCCGGCACGAAGGCACUGCCGCCCAUGGAUGUGGCGCUGGCGUGCGUCUUCCUUCUGGGCACGCAGGCCACCUUGGAAUUGGCUGCUGCCGUUUGCCUGACUCAGCCAGUGCGCCAGGGCGAUGGCAGGAGUAAUCCCUUCAACAGCUGGGACUUUCUGGCGUGGCUGGCUGGUGCGGGAGCGAGGUGCUCGAUGCUCCUGGACGCGCUCUGCCUGCCGCUGAUGAAGCGCGGGUCGAGCUUGCUCUUCCUGCUGUCCGCGAGUACGUUUGCUUUCGCAAUCGGCGUGUUCGUUUUCGCUGUUCAGCUGCGGCUUCUUUUUGGAAUGUUUUGCAGCAGGGACCAUUUCUCCUACGACAAGCCGGACCUGUUCUUCAAGGGCCGGGACAACAGCGGGAUGAUGGAGGGGGCGCCAAUUGCAGCCAGACCUCCGGCUCACCGCGAGGAGGAGGACACCUCAGACCUUCGGCUUGGCCGCGCCAUGCCGGUGAACACCAUCAAGGCCGCGAACUUCGCGCACUUCAACGAUUUGGCGUUGCUUCACUUGGUGCUAAGAAGGCACUACUUGCCGAUCAGCUGCCAGGAAACGCAGGAGUUCACGAUGUCAAUCACAUCCUUCUCACGCUGUUUUUGCGAAGAUGUGGUGCAAUGUAGCCUGAAGUUCUUCUUCAUCAUGGACUGCCAGGUGAACUUGCUCGUGCUCUUCUCGCUGCUGGUGUCGAUAGGGCAGGCCGUUGGCUCCUGCUUCUAUGCCAGCACCUCUGCAAUGGACCUGAGGACAUCGGAGGAGGCGAACCCGAACGAUUGA